AUGAUCUGUGACCAACUUAAUAAUAUUGCAAUAAAGUAUAAUUCUAAAUCACCUAUACUUAUACUUGUCUCAACAGAAGUUGCUGCAAAUAAUAUAAAUGGUACUACUAUACUCUCUGCACUCUCUAUUCUAAUAUUCAAAACAUGUCUUGACAUUGAUGAUGAAAAAUUAAAACAAUUACAAAAAAGACUUCAAAAUAUUAUUUAUAUUGUUAUUAAUGAAAUGAGUAUGUCAGUAAUUCUUGUCAAUGACUUUGGUCAGCUUCCACCUGUUUGUGAUCUUCCUAUAUAUGUAAAAAAUCCUUAUAAUCAUGAUUCAGUGUCAAAUGAUAGUCAUAUACUCUCAGUUUCAAGAAACUACGUAAUGAUGAAAGUAUUGAUGACUCGAUUUGAAAAUAAAUUAUCCAAAACAGAAUGCAACCAAUUUUCUACAACCAUACAUAUCUUAACAAGAUGGUUGGAUGUUGAUGAAAUUAAUUUUAAUAUGCUUAAAUCAUUACAUUGUCCUGUUGCCAGAAUUGUUGCUGUACAUAGUGGUGGUAAAGAAGCUAAUACAGCUGAUUCUGAUACAGCAUGA